UCAUUUUCUCUCAGACAGCAAGUUUGAAUUUUCAUGGGUGGAAAAGAAUUCUUUAAUGAAGAUCCUUCGUGUUGUAUGAUUGCACGCAUUCCUACCAGCCCACAGUCUCGUAAAAUUAUGCGCAUUGUUUGAAAUAACGAACAGGUCUCCGAACAUUACUUGUAUGAGUUUCACACGCCAUUUGAAUUCAAUUUUUUUUUUCUUUGCCUAUAAAUAUUAGCAUACAUGAAAGUUGAGAAUAAUAACGAACCCCAGUGAAAGAAAAUGUAUGUGACAAGACCUCUUUCUCUGUACAGAAAGUCUCCUGAGGCUCUCUCCUUACCUCCCCCUGAAGGCCCAAAUUCUGGUUAUCUCAUUCUCCAAGAUGAAGAGUCUGAAACUUUUUGUUGUUUCGGAUUGUGCAAGGAAUCUGAUAUCUGGGACCUGCCUUUCCCUCAAAACAAGAACUUAACAGUUCGCUAUAGCACGGGUUCUGGAGAGAGCAGCAACACUAGCCAUGACGAGGUCUUCUUCAUUCCAGUUCUGAAUCAGCCGCUGUCCCUCAAUCGUUACUAUGCAAUAAAGCGACAUGGAAGGCAUAAAGGGGUAGCACACGCAAGUUCGAGGGAAGAUGACAUGGGCACUUGCUGCUUCUGCAACGUCGUUAAGGAUGUAAAGCCAAGACCACUGGAUCCCCAAGACAUAUACCAGCAGUUUGAGAUCUCUCUCGUUGAAGGAGCUUGCACUUCCAAGGGCUCUUUCACUGCCAAAUCUAUUGCUCCAGAUGGGUUUCCACCCAACUUCUUGAGGAGGGAAGGUUGGAAUCUUUCUACCUCCACUCCCCGCAAUUUCGAGUUGGGUGAAGCGGCAGGGCUUGACCCCUCCCUCAGGGCUCGCCUCCCAGACUUCAACUUCCCAUUACACUCUAAGAGCUCUGAACCAGUUGUCGUGGGAAAAUGGUACUGUCCUUUCAUGUUUGUCAAAGAAGGAGAAUUGAAAGAUCAGGCGAAGAGAUCUGUGUAUUACGAGAUGACACUUGAGCAGAAAUGGGAACAGAUUUUUGCGUGUGAGAACAGUUAUAAUGAAGGGAACAACACUGUGGCUGUGGAUGUCGUUGUUCAAGGAGAAGUGGUUGCAGUAGCCGCAGGGGAAACUGUGCAUGACGAGAGAAAUGUGGUAGAUGGGGUGAUGUGGUUCAGGAGUAGUUCAGGAGCAAGUGUAGGGCUGAGAUUGGAAAUUAUUGAGAGAAUGAAAUGGGAGCAAGUGAGGGCUGGUUGGGAUGGAGAGAAGAAAAAGGAAAUGAGAGUAGAGAGAGCAGAGGAGUAUGGAGGCACAGGUGGGUGGAGAAAAUUCGGUUGUUAUGUGUUGGUUGAGACUUUUGUAUUGAAAAGAAUCGAUGGAAGCUUGGUAUUGAGCCAUGGAUUCAAGCACACUCAUCAGAUUAAGUGCAGAUGGGAAUGAGACCGUCUACUAUGCUUUUGUAGCACCCAAAAAAACUAUAGCUUCCCCUGUUUCUAUAUAUGUAUGGUAUGCAGUUUGAGUUUGCAGAUUAGAACAUAAAACCUUAGGAUGCUGUUCAUAGAAUAAUUAAUUUUCCUUUCUGGGAUGAAACAGAAGGAUAGUCUCCUGUCUGAGUUGAUUACUGUGUACAACAUCUGAAGGCCCACUUGCUAAGGAGGUCGGUUGUUCCACAUCCUAUACGUAGUGUGGAUCUCCUUGAAUAAAUUUUUUCCCUUCUCAAUCA